AAAAACAGAGGAACAUUUGUGAUACAGGCAAGUCAAUCAUUCAUCAACAGGAAUUCAUUUUUGGAUGAAACCAAUAUAUUAGAGGAUCCCAACAGACCGGAAGGUUUGCAGGAAUUAAUAUCACAAACCCAACCAACACCUCUCAAUAUUGGUUCAGAUAAUGUUGCACAACAGCACAAGGCGCUAGAGAAUGAUUUUCUUCAUAAGAUAUUGACAGAAAACACCUAUCAUCCAGAAUGUUCACAAGAUGUGAGUGCCAGCCUUGUACAGGAACCCUCUGAAUUUACGUCAUCAGUGGCUGGUAAAGCCAAAAAACACAGAAAAGAUGAGGAAGAUAAAAUAAAAAAGAAGAAUGCUGCAUCAAGAGAAAAACCCAAAGCAUUAACAAAGAAACAAAACAGCUGUGCUGUGCGUAUGGAUGAAAAUGUGUUGACUGGAAGGCAAGAUAUGAUUGAUCUUCAGAAUGGAGCAGGAGACAGGUCUUUGUCUAAUACUUUACAGUUACCAGUAAUAUCUCACUGCUCAGCCUCAGAGGAGGACCUCAGGGAUGAAUGUAAUGCUGAAACCUUUGGAAUAAGCUCUCCUUCCUCUGUUGACAAGCUUGAUCAGACUAACCAUACUAACAUGGACUCUCUUAGCAUAAAUCUAGAUCAAACCAACCAAGCUCUUGAGGGCAGGUGCAGGAAAACAUAUGUUGUUUCAUCUUUACAUAAAUCCCCCAUUAAGAAAAAAACUGACAGUGGAGCUUCCAGCGACAUUUCUGAACAUGAUCUUUUUACUAAUGAAAUGGAUAAUGUUUCAUCUGUCAUUAACAGAAGCAUGUUUGUCAUGGAAAAAUAUAAUGUGACUUCAGAUGGUUUUAGUGGACACACAAAAAACCUUCAGUUCACAGAGGAGAGGCCUCCCUGGGAGACCCUUGAUGGUUACACUGAAACACUCUCAGAUGAAAGCUCUGCCCAUAGCCCUCAACCAGAGACCCGCAGUCAAACUAUGAACAUUUACCAGGACCAGGACCAGGACUCAGACUUGAGGCACCAAGCUCCAGAAGAAGGCAGGGUUAUGAAGAGUCUAACAAAUACAGAGCAUAACUCUGAUUUCGAGAGAACACGAAGAAGAGCAGCACCAGUCUCCUACAAAGAACCAGCCCUCAACUGGUGAGUUACACUCAAAUAAUAUCUCAUCUCAUCUUCCUCCGCUUAUCCGAGGCUGGGUCGUGUGGGCAGUA